ACAAUGUUCGACAAUUUUCAUUCGGUCACAGUAAUUCUAUCAGUCUAGUUGUGGUUUUGCUCAAAUUUUUUCUUUCUUCACAAUACAGUUUGUCACAAUCAAUCAAUUUAUCAUUUGUAACUGUUGAAUUAUUAAUAGCAAAGACGGUAGGCUGACUUUCAGUGCAUGCAAAGAUAGAAAUAAGUAUUAUCUUCUGUUGUUGUAACCGUGUAUGUGAAUGUAUAAAUUUUAAGAAUGGCCUCGAAAUUUAUGGCAUUCGAGAAUGUCGCUGGCACAUCAACAGCGUCAUUCGAAGAAAAUGAUCAAAAUGAACAUAUUGAAAUGAAUGUCAGUCAAUAUCCCAACUAUCAAACAAGUGACAACAAUCAGGAGACUACUGUUCCAUACGAUGAAGAAGACGAUCACAAUGAAAAUGAAAUGUUUGACGAAAAGUUUGAAAAAAAUAUGAGCUAUCGAAAAUUCAUCCACAAAAAUAGUGAACAACUGAAAUGCAUUUGUGGUGGUCUCUUGCUAUUGAUGAGUAGUGGCAUCCAUAUCUGUUGGGGAAUUUAUCGAGUCUUUUCUUUAUAUAAUUGCCAUCAUUAUGGCGUCGAGAAAACCUUCUAUUUUCAUUUUGUCAUUUGGUCAUUCUACAUUGGUGCAAUAAUGGGAAAUUUCUGUGCUGGCCAUGCGGUGUACAAAUUUCGAAAAGGACAUCUUUACUUGGUGGGAGGUGCAUUACUUACAAUCAGCGGAGUUCUUUUUAUUUUAUCCAAAAAUGACACCAAUAUUUACUUAGUUACCUCACGGAUGUGCGGAGGAUUCAUCCAUGGACUGAUUUACGUCGUUGUUGUAGUUCAUGCCAGCGAAAAUGCAACCAAAGAAUUUCGUGAACUUCUUAUGUUAAUCGUCGGAGCAGCGUUGAACUAUUCAAUUUUGCUGUCAGUGUUGGUAUUUUUUCACACGGAAGGCUUAUUCAAUGCAAGUUUUCUUAAUGGAUUUGGAUUGAUAAUGUUCGGAUUGACGACUAUUGUAAUUUCAGCCAAGCAUGCCACCGAAACGGUUCCAUUUAUCCUACAAAACGACGGAGGUGAAUUGGAUGCUUUGCAAACGGUGAGCAAAUUGAAGAAAAAACCAAUUAGUACGCGUUCGGUCCAUCAUGAUUUUUCAACCAUGAAAAAUCUCGUGCAAGAUGAAAUUGAUACGUAUGGACCGCCCAAUUUUAAAAAGGUUUUAUUACCUGAAAAUCGGACGAGUUUGAUUUUCUGUUGUUAUGGCCGUCUGUGCAGUGUACUAUCGUUCAAUUUGCCGCUAAUUGUUUUCAUUCUCAUAUUCCUACGUGGGGUGGCUCAUUUGGAGUCAACACAAGAUCAAAAACAUAUGAAUGAACAUUGUCAUGAUUUUGGCAUCGGUGAUAAUAACAAUGAAAUCGAAGUACACUCUCAUCUGGAAGAACAAAACAAUAUCGAGAGAUUGAAACGAGAGACACCUGAGACUGAACCGACUAUCCAAAAGCCAAACUCUAUGGAACACGAUGCUGAAUAUAAGAAAAAUGAUAAUUCAAAAACCGAAAAUAAUGAAGAGGAAACUGUCACAGGAGAUAGUAAAAAAGAUAGUAAAGACAACAAAAGUGAACCACAUGAAAAUGAAUCAAGCGGUCAUGCAAGAACAGACGAAGGAAACACGCCGACAACAGAAAGAAAUAAUCAUUCGGAAGGAAGUGAAAAUGGCGAAAGUAAAAAGAGCUCAGAAAAUAGUCAAGAAAAAGGUGUCCAGAAUGACCAUAAUGUCAAAAAUGAAGUGAACUCGAGAGCGGGAACGGAAGAAAUGAAACGGGAACACGAAGAGAGUAAAAGCGAUAAGGAAAAAUCAAACGAAAACAAUAAACAUAACAAGAAGCAAGAGGAAAACAAUAAAAAUGAGAAGGCGCCGACAAUCUUUGGACAUUUCAUCACUUUCUUGCACAACCGUGAACUUACCUUGGUACUUUUAGCAUGGUUUAUUUUUGGCAGCAUCACGGCGGCCGUUUUAUACAAAUUUAAUCUGAAACGUUUCAUUUACUACAUUUCGUGCGUAUUAAGUUCAGUGCUUUUCAUCACCGCCAUAACUCAUUCAUUGUUCGAUUUAUCGUAUAUUUUACACAUUUGUUUAAUUAUUUACUUUAAUUAUGUGACUAUACCAUUGGAUGUGUUCGGUCAUUGUAUGCUAGCCGAAGCCUUCCCUGUAACUUUGAAGGGAUUUUCGGUGGCAUUUGUUGCGAUUAUCGAACACUUAGUGCACAUCAUUUUAAUAACAUUGUAUUUAUGUGAUACAUUCCACAAUUCAAUCAUUAUAAUAUCAAUGUGUACUGUUGCAUUUAUGUCACACGAAAUUGCUCGCAAUCUGCCACAAAAAGAUAAUCUCUCGCUUGGAGAAGCUCGGGAGCAAUAUAAAAAUAUUGAUUUAAUGCUAUUCAAUAAUCCAAAAAUCGAUUACAAUCAACAACAAGAAUUUAUUUAAAAUAUGUAUAUUAAGCAGACAAACAGACGGUAAGAGAUUCAACAUUAAUCGAUAGGGACCUAAGCUAUCGAAAGCAAAUCCAUGCCGUUCUCUUUUUCCUCAUUUCAAUAAAUAAAAUAAAUAAUCAUAAAUAUUUUUGAAUAGAUAAGAUUAGUGAUAGAGCAUUGUAAAUUUAAGAAAAAAUGAGCAUUCUACUCUUUGGCCUUAGAAGUGAAUAGAAGUGAAUAAAUAUUAAAGUGCUUUACUUCACAUGUUUUUGCACCAAGCAAAUAAAUACUC